AUGCUACUGCACCGACUAAUUCCCAGAGUAAUACCGAGAGUUGGAAACUUUAUUAGGCCUUUUUUGGUUUCACACUAUCUGACCACGUUAGAUGCCGACAAUUUAACAUACGAGAAUAGAAAAGGGAUCAUCACCAAUGAUGGAAAGAAUCACGUUGAUUCCAAGUAUUAUCCCCUGCUUUCGGCCGUUCGUCAAAGACUAGCAGGAAGUGAAAAAUUACGUGUCAAGGAAUUUUGUAAAAACUUUAAAGACGUUGUUAAAUUUCUGGACAUAGAUAAUAACCGACUGUGUGAGAUUUAUUUGCUUGAAGGGAGAAUAACUAGUAUAAGAAAAUCAGGCAAAGCUAUGUAUUUUAUUGACAUAGUCCAAGACGACUGUUCAGUACAGAUUAUGGCAACGAAUAAAUUAAUGGGGAUGGAUCCGACGGCUUUUAAUGAUUGUCAUAGCUUUUUCAAAAUUGGCGAUUAUAUUGCUGUUAGGGGUUACGCUUCCAGAACGAAAACUGGAGAAUUGACUUUGAAAUUGAACAAGCAAAUUGAAAUGUUGACGCCUGUUUUGCUGAAAAUGCCAAACAGAUUAGAGGAUCGUGGCUUGAUUAAUAAUAAUAGGGUUCUAAACUAUCUAGUAAACCGAGAUUCCAAGGAUGCAAUAAUUGUCAAGUCGAAAGUCAUUCAAGCCAUUCGAAAUUUUUUACUCGAUAGAGAUUUUUUGGAAGUACAGACACCAAUAUUGAGUGGUCAAGGCACUGGUGCUAAUGCAACUCCAUUUGUAACAAAAUUCAAGGGGGAACCCGUGCAUUUACGUGUUGCUCCAGAACUAUGGUUGAAGAAAUUAGUGAUUGGUGGAUUUGAUAAGGUAUUUGAAAUUGGCAGUAACUUUAGGAAUGAGGGCAUUGAUAUGACUCACAAUCCUGAGUUUGCCACCUGUGAAUUCUAUCAAGCUUACACUAGUUUGGAUGAAUUAAUGAAAAUGACAGAAGAUAUGUUUGGUUAUGUUUUUGACAAGUUGGGGGUUACAGAUAAAUUUCCUACUGGCAAUUUCCCCAAAUACGAGUUUUUGCCUACGAUCGAACAAAAGACCGGAGUGUCCAUUACUGAUUUGACUUUGGACGGAUUGGUUAAUUAUCAUAAGAGAUUGGACUUGGCAGUACCACCAAACCCUAAUCCAGUUAAAUUGUUGAAUAAUUUGUCAGAAAUAUAUUUGGAAUCAAUUUGCUCGGAACAUCCAAAUACCCCAGUUUUUAUAUAUAACCAGCCAGAGAUUAUGUCACCAUUGGCAAAAUCAAUUACAGAUGCUGCGGGCAAUAGAAUUUCAUCGAGGUUUGAAUUAUUUAUAAAUGCCAGAGAGAUGGCCAAUGCAUAUGAAGAGGAAAAUGAUCCAUGUAAGCAAUUAGAGAAAUUCAAAUUGCAACAAAAAAUGAAAGCUGAUUACAACGAUCAAGAAAUGUUGAUCCCAGAUCAUAAUUAUGUUUGGGCAAUGGAAUAUGGAUUGCCCCCAACAGGUGGUUGGGGAUGUGGCAUCGAUAGACUUGCAAUGUUGAUUGCAGGUGCAAAUAGAAUUGAGGAUGUUCUAACAUUUGGGACAUUGCUGUCUGUUUUGAAAAAUUGA